ACACCGUCUGCGUGGAAGGUGCGAAUCGUUCGGCGCCUAAAGCUCUACCCCGACCGCUCGUGGCAUUAGUCGUCUCGAACAACCCGUUCCGACAACACGCGCUCCCAACCGCGAGUUUCUCAUACGAUCGUCCAACGAAGUAUUUUGAGUAAAUCUUGAGAACCCUGUAAACAAAUAAUAUGGUAGUGUGAAAACAACAACAAUGUCGUUCUGCAGAAUUACGGGCCGCAGUAGAGGGCUGCCGAAGCCCAACUACUUUCCUCUUCUCGCACCGAUUUCCCCUGCCGAUGCGAAGCGCUGCUGCAGGAUCACCGGCAAGUCUUACGGGCUGCCUUCACAUCAUUACAUUCCAGUACUACUCACGGCUCGCUCUACGAAGGCUAAAUGUAAAAUUACGAAUAUAUCCGGUGAACUGGGACCGCAUCAUUAUUCGCCGGAAAUUAAUUAUGGAAACAGAAAACACGAGAUGCUGCCGGACUACAGAUAUAUUUUCCCUGUUCUAGACGGUUCGACUGAAGCACAGAAAGGAUUGAUAGAGUUGCUGUUAGGGAAACAAGUUACGGAAGACAAACGUUAUGUUUACACAGUGCAGGAAAGAAGAUGUAGUCUAGUGUUUUCUGCUCAGAUGGAAGCGGCGGUUCGCGACGGCGACGUUAGGGACGUUAUGCUUGCCAAAGAUUCGGACACUGUACUUAUCAAGACUAAACAGGGUCGCAGCGUUUCAAUGGACUUUAAAGAUUUUACCGAAGACGUGGAGAUGUUCGAAGGUGAGGGACCAAAUGCAGAAGUACUUAAACAAAGAGAAAUGGAAGAAUUAGAAGAAAAAAAGAAGAAAAGGAAACGCACAGCUGGAUUAUCGUCUAUGAAGAAAAUUUUUGAAAAUAAAGAAAAACUGGCUGAUGUUCAAGAAUUAGAAGAAGAAAAACAGCGCCAAGAUCGAAAAGCGAAAAAAGCCAAGAUGGAGGAAUUCAAGCAUGAGAAACACGACGUGAAAUGCUUCACUUACGACAACUUUGAUUUGAAUCAUAUGCGCUCAAAAUCGAGCAUUGUGACGUGUUCUGGAGAAUGGAGAAAUCAGUUACACCCUCUAGGAGAGUCUUGGAGUUGGGAUGAAUUUGAAAAAGAUAUUAUUGAUGAGAAUUUUAUACCGAAAGUAACACAACUACCGACGCCCUUAAAGAUAGCGCCAUAUCAUUGUGAAGCAGAGAUAUAUGAAGUUAACAAAAAUAUUAGCGAUGUGUCAGUUUCUUUAGAGAGUGUGCCAUGCGUUAACCCCCUUAAGCCAGUGAAAGCUCGACCUGAACAGACAGUGUUGAGUGGAAUUAAAGAGCUAUCAAGUGAAAAGUUGAUAGAAACGGCUAAUGUUGCUGAAAGAUUAAUCGAAAACGGAAAAACUGAUCUGCUCCCGACCAUCGAUUGUUUGCCGGAGGUGGUCAAGAAUAUUAAAAAGGGUAAAAGAAAUAAAAUAGCUGCAAUUUCUGGUCUUACGUUAGACAUAAACAAAGCCAAGAAAUUUGUUCCUGGACAAAUGCUGAAUACACCCCAAGGUACUGUUUUUGUGCCGGGACAGACUAUUGAGACGCCAGAUGGCCCAAUAUUUGUGCCCGGUCUAAGUGUCAACACGCCUGCCGGACCGGCUCUUAUACCAGGUCACAUAGUUAUGAACGAAAACAACAAUGAGCCUUUAUUUCUUGCUGGCCAAAAUUUAAUGACAGCAAAUGGUGAAGAGUUUGUUUGCGGUCAAACAAUCAAAACCAAGAAUGAAACUUAUCGGUUCCUUGAAGGUCAAACAGUGCUUUCUGAAGAAGGACUGAAAUUCGUACCCGGAAAAACUAUUAGCACAGGAUCCGAAGAAGUUUUUGUUCCUGGUCAGGCGAUUAUGACACCGGACGGCGUUCAAUUUAUUCCCGGUCAAACAAUAACAGAAGACACAGAAAUCACUUUUACGCCGGGGCAAAAUGCGAAAAUUAACAAUGAGUGGCAGUUCGUUCCCGGGCAAGUACUACAGCAAGACGACGAGUUACACUUUGUUCCUGGUGCCACGAUAGCAACACCGAAUGGCUUGAAAUUUGUUCCCGGUCAAACAAUUACUGUCAACGGAGAAAGUUGCUUUGUCCCCGGUAUUUCUAAAACUACCAGUGAUUCUUCUCUUCAGUUUGUUCCCGGAACAACGUUAGAAACUAUUGAUGGGCCGAAAUUUGUUGAAGGUCAAGUCGUCAUUACGAACCACGGGGAAAAAUUUGUACCAGGGAAAACUAUUGUGCAGGCUGAUGGUCACGUAGAGUUUUCUGUUGCCAAAUCUGUUGAAGACAUAACGUUUACAGAAAGUACACCUACUGGUUUACCAAUAGAUAUCAAAACCUGUUCAUUAUCAGAAGAAUCCCUUUACGUAUUCGGGCAUAUGAUACAAACAACUAAGGGCAUAGAGUUCUAUCCUGGCCCUAGGAUCCCGAAAGUGGAAGGUAAAGUUGUGCCUGGAAGACUGGUGAAAAAUGAUUUAAAUCAAUCCCGCUUUGUACCUGGUACUAUGGUGGAAGGCAUUUUCGUACCUGGGCAAAUCGUGUUUACUGAAAACGGAGAGCAGUUUGUACCGGGUCAAGUUGUUGAUACGGCAGAUGGACCAAAAUUUGUACCGGGUCAAGUUGUGAAUACUAAAUCGGGACCAAAGUUCGUUCCCGGUCAGACUAUACAUACCAUCGAUGGUCCUCGCUUCGUUCCUGGACAGAUUAUAGAAACGAAGGCUGGUCCAACAUUCAUACCUGGUCAAGUAAUAUCUACAGAUGAAGGCUCUAGAUUCGUUCCCGGUCAAGUUGUAGAUACCGAAGAAGGGCCCAGAUUUGUUCCUGGAAGAGUGGUAGAAACUGAUGAUAAUGGAGUCACUUUCGUUCCUGGUCAAAUCGUUCAAACACCUGAAGGACUUAAAUUCGUAGCCCCCGAUCUAACCGAAGGUGAAGAAGGCUUGGAAUUUUCAGUGCAAAGUUUCGUUGUCACCCCUGAAGAGCUCAAAUUACUCAAAGUAAAAACUAAUCCUAAUGACACAACGUCUACGAAAGGCGAGCUGACUAUCGACACUAAAAUGUUAAGGCAGCUCUCAGAAGCAGGUAUGUCAAUCGGUAGACAGGUUCCAGCCGAUUUACCAUCAAUCAGUGUUAUAUUAAAUCAAACUAAAAACGUAGAAGCCUUGAAGGCAUUCGUGACAGACUUCGGUUUAAAAGACGAAGUUGCGAACCAAUUGAUGGAUGUUAUUUCAUCGAUUAUUGAAAUGAGUGCUCAUAUAAAGUCUGAAAUGCACGACAGUGAUAGAAGUGACUCCUCAGCAUCAUCUGAAAUCAAGAAAAUCAGAGGAACCAAAAAGCGUAUGGAUAUUCAGGAAAGCGUUGGUUUCAUUGGAGGUAAUGGACAGUCUGCACAUCAAGAACGAGUGAAAAAUUCAAUUGCUGCCGCAGUUUUGGCAGCCCUGGUAACUGCUGAACAAUUUGAAGAAAUAAACAAUAAUAAUAGUAAAGAGAAAUAUCAAAUGAUUUUGAAAUCGAUUGACACAAUUCUAGGAAAGGCUCUUGAUGAAGAUUUUGUAUCGGCUAUGUACGCGAUACUUCAAAAAGAGGAAGAUAAAGAAAUGCUCUGUGAUGAAAUUCUUGAUAAUACGUCGGAAUCUAAAGUAGAAUUAAUAAAAUUGGCCGUAAAUAAUGCUUUAAACAAACAUUCCAUCAAUGAAGAUGAAAUUAUUGAAAAAUUUGGAGAAUUUCUUGGUGCCGAGAACGAAGUAUUAGGCCCGGCAUUCAAAAAUAUUUCUAAAUGCGACACGAAACUUCUACAACACAUACUUGGACGUAUUUCUGAGUCAAUAUAUUUCGUAAACACCGACCAUGAAGCCACUGAAACGUUGCAAAAAGCGAUCGUGUCAGCGGUCCAAGAUUCGAGCAGUCAAGAAAUAAAAAUAUUACUAAACGAGAAGUGUGAACAAGAAAACGUGAAGGAAUUAAUCGCACAGUCAGUCGGGCUCGCUAAACUACUCGGAAUGAGAGACAUCGCCACAAAACUAAUGGCUAUUGUGAACAGUGAAGAGGACUUGUCUAAAAUAGCAUCCGACGAUACAAGCCUUAGCAUAUUAAAACGUUUAAUUGUUAUGAGGAAGCUCGCGGAAAAAUCUCCCAGCUUGCUUUCUGCUUUACGUAAGUUGGAAACCAAUCCAGAGUUGGCUCGCACGGACCCUAAUCUUAGGGACUUGGUGCGAGAAAGCGCCGCGCUGAUGAUCAUUCCAGAAGAACCACCUCUCAUGUCAUCACAAGACGUCCCGUUGAGUCUACUUCAGCCUGAAAAUAGUCUCGCCAUGGAAGACUUUUUGUUCCAGCGUAAGAAGAAAGUCUCUGGGGCUCUGUUGAUCAUGAAAAAAGGAUUGCAAGCUGUGGUUCCUAGAGAAGCCAGUCGCGCGGUUUUAACCGGACAAGUGGCGUACACAGUUCUAGAUGAAAAUGGAAUUCAACAUUUCGAACCCCUACACGUAUUCUCAGCUUUAAACUUAAGUCAGCCCUCGGCUCAUCGCUUCUCAAUGUACAGCUGUCCUAUUGUGGACAACCAAGAUGAAGAUCUGGAAACUUUUAACGGCUAUUGCAAUAUCAGUAAUAGUCAGAUCAUAACGAGAAUGAGCGGUUGGGGCAGGAAAUACAGCGGGGUUUUACUAGAUAGGGAGAAUACUAGGAGUAGGAUGAGCAGCUUGGAAAAUACACCCAGUUACAAACGAUAUCCUUCGCGUUCACUGUCUAGAUCUCGUUCCAGCUGUAGCAGGAGUCCUCCUAAGGUGGACGACGUGGUGGUAGCGUCUUCGGACUACACCGCCGCUACCGAAGACGAAGUCUCGUUGAAGACAGGCGACAUAGUCGAGGUUCUCGACACGAAAACUGCUCUCGGAGCCAAGAGGCCAAAAUUAGCGGACUUGGACGUCGAGGCGAGCCUCCUGGACACAUCAGCAGCGAAGCACAAGAUUGCUAUACGACCGAAGAAAAAUCACCCGAAGAACAAAUCCGGAAAGAGAGUCAAUGAGAACGAAGACAGAUGGCUAGUGCGUGUGAUAGAAGACGUCAGCGGUGGCGAGAUAACGACGCGACAGGGUCUGGUGCCGGCUAGCGUGCUGCACGAGAAGCAGACGUCGGAGGAUGAUCAGACUGCCCUCGCUGCCAGGCGACAGGCCGUGGUUCGCGAGCUGAUCGAGACGGAAGAAGAGUUCGGGAGAGAUAUGCAGCAGGUCGUUUCCCGGUACAUGAAGCCCAUCGACAAGGCCACCGCACCGAAACCGGUCUUCGAUAAUCGUGAACUGUUAUUCUCCAACUUCAGGCAGAUCUGCGAGUUUCAUAAUACCGUUCUUCUUGAAGGCAUUAAGUACUAUGCUGGUGAGCCUCGAAUGCUAGGAAGAGCGCUUCUUCGCAUGGAGCGGGAGUUCGACAAGCACGUCGCUUACUGCCGCGACGAGCCAAGAGCCCAGUAUCUUCUAGCUAACGAUCCAGUCGUGAAGAAAUACUUUCAGGAUCUAGCAGACAGUCUCGGCGACGAUAAGGGUAUAACUGAACAUCUAAAGCUUCCGAUACAAAGGAUCAACGACUACCAGCUUCUUCUGAAGGAACUAGUGAAGUAUUCGAGACGUCUCGGCGAAGACUGUAACGACCUCCAGAAGGCUCUAGAACUAUUUCUUGGCGUUCCGAAUCGCGCCACUGACAACAAAUUCUUAGCCUCCAUCGAAGGAUUUAGAGGCAACAUCUAUAAACUAGGAAGACUUCUCACCCACGACUGGUUUACCGUCACCGACCAGGAAGGCAGGACCAAGGAUCGGUAUCUUUUCCUCUUCAAAGCGAGGAUCUUGGUCUGCAAAGUCAAGAGGAUAUCUCAGGACAGAUCUGUCUUCGUUCUAAAGGAUAUCAUCAAGCUCCCCGAAGUCGAAGUGAAGGAAGUGACCGGAGAACCAUUGAAGUUCGAACUUCGCCAGAAAAAUCCACCGCUUGAUUUGAUCGUCGGUGCUCACAAGGAGCACGUGAAGAAUACUUGGUUGGCUGAAAUCAACAAACACGCUUCGGACAUCGUUGCCCUUGCGGAACACGCAGCAGAUGACCUUCAAGUUCUUCAGGCCGUAGAAACCAAAGAAACUGCGGAAGAGAAGAAGAAGAAGCGCGAACAUACAGAAGAGGUUAUCGUUAAAGCAGAGCAAGAGGUGAAAGAGAAACGAUCCCGCACCGAAGACAUUGAAGUCACCCAGGUUUCGGUUAAAGAAGAAACUUCCCAGCAAGUAAAAGUCAAAAGAAAAGCAUCUGUUGAGAGCACAGUUGCUACUAAAAUCUCCAAAUCAGAAGUCGUAGAAGUAUUCUCUCUUAACGAGAACCAGGAAUCUGUCGUUAGCGCAAUCGACACUGAAGUGAGAAGUGACGUCACAACUGAUUUAGAAACUAAAUCAUCAGUGACUGUAAGCGCUCUGAACGCCGAGACUGAACCUGUUACAUCACAAUUGGAAAGUCAACAAACUUUGAAAACUGAGCAUACAGAAGCAAAAGUAGAAGAACAAAUUGUUCAAGCGUCUCAAACGACUGAAGAAUAUGUUGAAAAAUCAAUAAAAACUACUAAGCAAUCAUCUGUAGUUGAAACGACAGAAUCAUUUCAAGAGAUAAGAUCUCUCGAACAAGACUCUACAAAAAUCUCAACAGAAGAUAGAAUUACAGUUCGAGAAGAAGAAGAACCAAUCCACGCCAUUCAAGAGUGUACAAACACACAAGAGAGAUCAGACGAGUCAUUUGAAACUGUUAAACAAAUCCCUGAAAUAUCAAAAGAAACAGCGGAGAACGAAAUAUUAGAAACAACAAAAGAAUCAUCUGAAACUGUUAUUCAAGUUUCAGAAUCUCUUAGUGAAACUGUUUCUGAAACUGUGAUAGCUGUUUCCGAAACUGAAGAAACGUUGCAAACGUUUGAACAGAAAGAUUCUACAACUCCCCCAGCAGACCAGAUAGCGACCGCUGUUUUAAAGCCUACUACAGCUGAGGCAAUAGAAGAAAGUGUGCAAAGACAACAGACUUUGCAAGAAGUUAAAUUAGAAGAACCCAUUAGUGAGACUGCUUCAGCCCUAAAUCAAGAAACAAAAAUCAUAGAAAUAUCUGAACAAAAAUCUGAACAGACUGUCAAUUUCGAGAGCGUAGCUAAAGAAUCCAAAGAAUUUGAACUAAACGCUACUGAAGAAGUUAAAAAAUUAGUUGGAAAGGCACACGAGGAAAGCGCUUCUGCAGGCGGUCAAACUGUAACCACAGAGGAGAUUGGUGACGACGAGAUGUCGAGGUAUAGCCGCAGUUCGCGGAUAUCUGGAGAGUACUCCAGCAGCGCUAGAAAAUCAUCUACUGGUGGACGAUAUGAGUCCUCUACUUAUGACAGCACUGGUCUAUCAUCAUAUUCACGACGCGAGAGCGGAUCACGUCUCGAAAGUGCGAGAUAUGAAACUGGCGGAUCUACUGAAGGCGGAGUCUCCUCGCGCUACGAAUCUAAGUACUCGAGCUCAUCAAAGAUAGAAGGAGGUUCCAAAUAUGGCAUUGAGUCUAGCUAUGAAAGCAAAGUAGACGGAUCCAAAUACGGAAUUGAUUAUGAUUCCAGCAGCAAACGCAAUAGUAUUGCUUCUAAAUAUGGGGUCGAAGCUGAAACGAACAGCAAAAUUGAUGGCAUUGCAUCAAAAUAUGCCAUCGAGUCAGAAACUACAAGCAAAAUUGACAGCAUUGCUAAUAAAUACGGAAUUGAUACCGAAAAAGCAAGCAAGAUUGAUGGAACCGCAUCUAAAUAUGGAGUAGAAUCAGAAACCACAAGCAAAAUUGAUAGUAUUGCUUCUAAAUAUAGGAAAGAAUCCGAGGGCUCCAUCAAAGUUGAUAUGGUUUCGUCUAAGUAUGGCGUGGAAUCUGAAACGUCUAGUAAAAUUGACAGUAUUGCAUCAAAGUAUGGCAUUGAAUCAAAAUACGAAGCUGAAGGACGUUCAUCUAAAUAUAGCUCUCAAAUCAGUUAUGACGGCAAUAAGGUUGACGGUGUAUCUACAAAGUUAGAAAGUAGUUUCGAGAGUUCUAGCAAUGGAGGCUCAGUCUACGAGAGCAAAUAUUCUAAGCGAGCCAUUUCCAACGGCGUACAUUCUGAAGAGUCUGAAUUACAGAGGUCUAUUUCCAAGUCUGAAGCUCAGGAUGGAAGACCAGUGUUCUCAAAAACUCUCGAAGGCCAAAACAUCGAGCCUGGUGAGAACGCGGUCUUCGAAUGCGUUCUACGUGAGUCGUCGGAUUUGGUGAAUGUGACCUGGCUCAAGGACAACAAGCCGAUUACCGAUCGGCUCAUGGACCGUUGCUCCAUAUCAUAUGAUCCAGACGGCAGCCACCGCCUUGAACUGAAACAUUGCAGAGAAGAUGACUCUGGAGUUUAUACAGCCCGAGCUGAAAACGUCAAAGGAAACGCCCAUUGCACAGCUCAGUUAGUCGUCCACGAGUUGACGCCGGAAGAAAGAAAGCAGAGGAAUGCUCUAAACGCUCCGUACUUCUUAGUAGCCUUGAAGGACACUGAGAUCAUGGAAAAUACCUACUUGCGUUUCAUGAUCAGAGUCAAGGGCAAUCCCAACCCAGAAGUUAAGUUCUACCGCGACGACAAAGAGAUCGUGGCGAAGUCGGAUACGGACCGUAUCUCCAUCAUCACGACCCGCGCCGACCGUGGCUGCUACGAACUGGUGAUCCCAGACGUGACUCCAGCCGAUGCGGGCAAAUACUCCUGCAGGGCUAUGAAUAUUUACGGCGACGUCGUUUCCGAAGCUAAAGUUACCGUUGUUGAUGACAAAAACAUAUUUGGUGAACUGCUUCCUGGUGGUGAUGGUCUGCUGGCUAAAGGCGAGAAGCCAGCUUUCACGUGGAAGAAAGAUGGACAGCCCUACGAUCCUGAAGAACGAUUCAAGGUUCUUCUUGGUGACGACGAAGACUCCCUGGCGCUGGUGUUCCAGCACGUGAAGCCGGAGGAUGCUGGGUUGUACACGUGUGUGGCUAAGACCAGUACAGGAAAUAUAUCUUGCUCAGCCGAGCUUACUGUUCAAGAUGUCACGGGCGGCAGUACCGACCUGUACUUCUCGCGCCAUCACUUUCUAGGUGCCGUGAACGAACUUCACCGGGAGCCAGAGAAGCCGACCCUGGUGAUCGAGCAUCGGGACGCUAUCGUCUCGAUGGGCGCCUCGGCCAUGCUGGAGCUACAAUGCAAGGGCUUCCCGAAGCCGAGUGUCGUGUUCAAGCAUGACGGGAAGGUGGUGGAACCAGACACCAGACAUAAGUUCUUGUACGAGGAUGAAGAGAGCAUGUCUCUUGUGAUAAAGAACGUGACGUCAGCAGAUGCCGGAGAGUACCAGGUGACGGCCAGCAAUGAGCUCGGUGAAGACACUUCCACCAUGAACCUAGUGGUGAAGGCGCCGCCGAAAUUUAAGAAGAAGAUCGAAAAUCAAACCUGCAUGGUCGGCACGACUCACACCGUCAUAAUAGAAGUGGAAGGAACACCUUCACCAGACCUGACAUUCUACAAGGACGGAACUGAAAUCAAGAGCUCUGAACGCAUACAAAUCGUUAAAGAGAGUGAGGAAAUAUACAAGAUCACAAUUAAAGAUGCCAAGUUGACCGACACUGGAUCGUAUUCUGUAGUAGCUAAGAACGAAGUGAACCAAUGCUCUGAGUUCUGGCAAUGGCACGUGACGUCACCGCCCCGACUCGUGAAGAAGCUGGGCGGCUCCAAGGUCGUCGACGAGAAGGAGACAGUCACUUUCAGCAUCGAAACCGAAGCUGAACCGGCACCGACUGUCAAAUGGUUCAAGAAUAAGACGGAAUUGACGGAGUCGUCAACGGUGAAAAUCUCAUCAUCCGGGUCGGCUCACUCCCUCGUGAUCACGUCUGCCGCAAGGGCUGAUGCUGGAGAGUAUUCUUGUGAGGUCCGUAACGUGCACGGCGAGGCGAGUGACGUCAGCACAUUGAACGUCCGCUGCGGUCCGGUGUUCACGGAGCGCCUGCGUGACGUCACGGCCAGCGAGGGUGACGUCAAUGUCGAGUUCACGGUCGCCGUUGAUGCAUUCCCGCAACCCACCAUUCGAUGGUACUUGGGAGACGUGGAGGUCACAGAAAAGAAGUCUGUGUUCACUCGCGUGGAUAGCGGCAACACGCACAAGUUGAUCCUCAAGGAAGUGUCGGCUGAAUAUUCCGGACAGUACACAUGUAAAGUUUCCAACGAACUGGGGGAUGACUCCUGCCAGGCAACUUUCACUGUUAACAGAAAACCCCGGUUCACUAAGAGCCUGGUGGAUAUGACCGUCGACGCAGGUCAGACCCUAAAACUUGAUGUGGAAGUUGAGGGCAGCCCGGAACCCAAGGUUCGCUGGUUUAAAGAUGGAAAAGAAGUCACUACUGAUGCCAGAAUUAAAAUAGAAAGAGACACUAAGAGGCUCGAAAAUUAUCAUCUCACGGUGACAUUAGUGAAGGAAGAAGACGGUGGCGAAUACGAAGUUAAAGCUGAGAAUGAGAUGGGAAGCGUGUCAUCGAAGAGUACAGUCACAGUCCACACGAGGGAAGUCCACUCGAGGAUCACUAAGGAAGAAGUGGAAAGUGAAAUUGAUGCGAAGGCAAAACAACCUUUAGAGGAAGAAGUUGAAAGUUCAAUAACGGGGGAAGUUCACUCGAAGAUCACUAAGGAACAAAUGCAAAGUGAAAUCGAUGCGAAGGCAAAACAGCCUCUUGAGGAAAAAGUUGAAAGUUCAAUAGCGGUGGAAGCUCACUCGAAGAUCACUAAGAAAGAAGUGCAAAGUGAAAUCGAUGCGAAGGCAAAACAGCCUCUAGAGGAAAAAGUUGAAAGUUCAAUAGCGGUGGAAGCUCACUCGAAGAUCACUAAGAAAGAAGUGCAAAAUGAAAUCGAUGCGAAGGCAAAACAGCCUCUAGAGGAAGAAGUUCAAAGUUCAAUAGCGGGGGAAGUUCACUCGAAAAUCACUAAGAAAGAAGUGCAAAGUGAAAUUGAUGCGGAGGCAAAACAGCCUUUAGAAGAAGAAGUUGAAAAAACACAAAAACUUAGUGCAAAAAAAGAAAAAUCAGCAUCGGAAACAAUCGAAGAAAGAUCUAUUUGGGAGGAUGAUGAUGCCGAAAAAGCUAAAAAACCAAUCAUUGAAGAAUCUGAAGUUCCCAAGCCAAGUAAGGGUCGUAAGUCGCUUUCAGAGCCGGAUACAGUGGAAGAGAAAUCAUUUUGGGAUGAUGUAGGUGAUGACGAAAAACCAAAGAAAGUAACAUUCGAAGACACCGAUAAACCUGUGAAGAAGAAAGGUAGAAAAUCUAUCUCAGAAGUCAUAGAAGAAAAGUCUAUUUGGGAUGACGAUCGUAAAGAGGAAAAUACAAAAAAUAUUGUUAUUGAUGAAGUUGAAACUCCACGCCGUGAUAAAGCAAAUGAAUCUGUCACAGAGCCAGAAAUAUCCGAAGAGAAAUCUUUUUGGGAUGAUAGUGACAGCAAAUCAUCAAAGAAACCUAAAGUGGCAGAAGUAAACAGUGAAAAAGUCGACAAAGGCUCAAAAUCCAGCACUCCGCUUGAAGUAGCUGAGGAAAAAAGCAUUUGGGAUGAAAACCACAAUGAAAAGAUCAAGAAACCUAUCGUUGAAGAGGUGAUCGUUGAAAAGAAAAUCGGUGAUACAAGCGUCACAAAACCUGAAUCAAUAGAAGAAGUACCUCUGGAUGAAGAACUCAAAUCAUCCAAACGUAAAUCUUUGAAAAAAGAGUCUGUUUCAGAAGAACCAUUAAGUGCUGAAGUCGAAGGACGAGUUUUUGAAACAGUAACUACUUUCAAGAAAGGUGACGAUGGAUCUAUCAUAAUGUCUAAAGUAAGCAGCAGCAGGUCUCAUGGUGCUAUCGUCACAGGUCCCGCUGAAACGCACACUUUACAUAAAAUGACAUCGAGCACUGUUUAUUAUGAGGACGAUGACGAGUUCGAAAGUAGAAAGAUUAUAAAACCAAAUCAGCCACAUACAACUUCAUUGGAAGUUGAAGAAAUAGCCAGCCAUAGUUAUAUGCUGUCGGAAAUGGGUCAUUUUACCAUACCAGAUUACAUCAGGCGUGGAACUUACGGCAUAAUUGAAGAGCCUCAAACUGAUUCUGAUGCGGAAAGUACGAGAGGCAUUAAGAAUUAUAACAACAGAACUGUGUCAAUUAUGUCCAUGUCCGAGGAUGAAAUGAGCUGGCACAAUGAAUCUUUAUCACGCGAAAUUUCCAUUGAAGACCUUUCGAAAUCUAUCUUUGAUAUUGACGAUACUAGAAAAGUUUUCAGUAAAGACUCAUAUGUACGUCAGUCAUCUUUCAAAGAGGACUAUUUCACUAAUAAAGGUGAUGAAGAAUCCUUAAUUCUCAAAGAAAAAUCAGAAAAAGUAUUCGAAAACGAUAUCACAGAGAAACUCAUUCACAUCUCAAAAGAUUUCGACGAAAAUGAAUUUAAAAAUAUUAAAAGUAAAGUAGAUGAUGUUAGAAAUAGACUUAUUGAAGAGUUAGUCAUUGGGCCUGACAGAAAAUUAGAUAGCUUAACAAAAGACGUAACCGAAAUGACCGUAGAAAGAAAACGAAAGGGAGAGGCAAAAUUGUUUAGCGUUCAGGAAGAAGCGAAUGACCAACAAGUGGACGAUCUGUUGAAACGAAGCCAGAGACAGAGAAGCAUCCUCGAUGAUAUUCUAAAUAAGGAAGACGAAAAAGCAUCACCUACCUUAAAAGACAGUUCCUUCAAGGACAAAGAGGUAUACGAGUCCCUUCCACUAGUUUACACGGUUGAAGCAUCCGGGACUCCUAAGCCGGCAAUUCGCUGGCUUCACGACGGUAAGGAAGUAAAGCCUUGCGGCAGAGUUCACAUCACCAACGAAGGAGAUCUUUAUAAAUUGGAGAUCGAUAGAGUUAAUUUGGAUGACGCUGGACAAUGGCAGUGCGAGAUUAGCAAUGACCUCGGCAAGAAUGUACUGAAGGCCGAUUUGACGGUAAAACCCGAAAGUGAGCUCCGCAAGCCAAAGUUUACGCAACCUCUAGAAGCCCAGCGCAUUCUUCAACGGGAGCCCGUCAGUCUCCAAGCUGUUUGUACAGCGGACCCUCAACCACAUGUGUCGUGGCUUCUUAACGGAGUAGAAUUGACUCCCGACGCUACAAUCGUGACGUCAGCCGAUACAAAGGAUAUUGAACAUGGUUUGAAAGAGUGCACUUUCACCCUGCAAAUUCCCACUGGUCGCCAUGCUGAUACCGGUAACUAUACCAUCCAAGCUAAGAACAAAUACGGUGUUGGUGAAAGUUCUGCUCGUCUCGACAUUCUGCUGAGACCAGAGAUCGAAGGUCUCAAGGAUGUUUCUGCCGUACCUUAUGAGGAGACCACCUUCGUUGCCAACGUCCGAGCUAACCCCAUUGCUGAGAUUCAGUGGAGUAAAGACGGAUACGUUAUCAAACCAUCGUCUCACAUCGAGAUAAGCGAAGACAAAGAUGCUGAGAAGUAUCAGCUCACUGUUAAGAAGGUCGGAAUGGACGACGCUGGUGUAUACACGCUGACAGCCAAGAACGAGAUCGGUGAAACCGCCCAACAAGCUAAGCUCAUCAUACGCACCGGCGAGCCAAUCUUCACUAAGCCUUUGAAGAAGCAAACGGUGAAAGACUACGAUGAUUGCACGCUGAAGGUGCGCUGCGACGGCGAACCGAAACCGGAGGUGAAGUGGUACGUGAACGGCAAGGAGAUAACCAACGAUGACCGUCACACCGUCACCACGGAAGUCGGUGGUCAGGUUGACAGCGAGCUGGACAUCAAGCACUUCAAUAGUGACGAUACUGGAAAGUACAAAGUUCGCGCGUUGAACUUGGCCGGUGAGGCGUCUUGCGAAGCUCAGAUAACGUUAGCGCAGCUAGCCCCAGGGUUCACACACCGUCUGGACAGGCAGAAGGACGUUGACGAAGGGGAACCUCUCGAGCUGAAGGCUAAGAUCGACGGCAGCCCUACUCCAACUGCCACUUGGUACAAAGACGGUGUUCCGAUUCCCGCAGACGACGAUCACGUGAAGCAGUCAGCUCUGGCCGAGGGCUGGGUCAAACUGAACAUCGCUGAAGUGACCCCCUCCGACUGCGGAGCGUAUAAACUGGUCAUAUCCAACCCUAACGGUGACAACUCGGCUUUGUGUGCAGUCGCUGUUAAUCCUACACCAAGGAAGCCAUCGUUCAGUCAAGAGCUAGAAGACGUAAAGGCAGUAGUGGGUCAGCCAUUGAAACUAGAAGCCAGGGUGAUGGCCUUCCCAGCGCCAGAAGUCAAGUGGUUCAAGGACGGCUUGCCGGUCCGUCCAUCACAGGCGAUCAACUUCAUCAAUCAGCCGGGCGGAGUCGUCGGUCUCAGCAUCGACAACUGCAAGCCGGAAGAUGCUGGAGUCUACUCACUCACCGUCACCAACAAACUCGGAGAGGUCGGUUCAAAGGCGAAUGUCGACGUAACUCAAAAGGAGCGGAAACCAGCCUUCAUAGCAGAACUACAACCUACCAAGGUCAUUGAAGGAUUCCCGGUCAGACUGGAAGUCAAGGUGCUUGGACAUCCGCCACCUACUAUCAAAUGGACACUUGACGGUAAAGAGUUGGUUCCGGACGGCGUCCGUAUUCGUGUGGUGUCACAGCCAGACGGGACACACGCGCUGCUCAUCGCGGCCGCUACGCCAUCCGACGCUGGACGAUACGGAGUCGUCGCCAACAAUGACAAGGGCGAGACCAAGUCUGAAGCAGACCUGACCGUGUCCAGUCGCCAGGACGACUCGAACCCACAAGAGCGGCCGCAGUUCAUCCACGGCCUCAGGGAUGUGACGGCAGCGGAGGGACAGCCUCUCUCGGUGACCGCGCCCUUCGUCGGCAACCCUGUCCCCGAGGUCACGUGGACUAAGGACGGACAACCCUUGAAGCCAGACGAGAAGAUCCUGCUCACGUGCGACGGGAAACGGGUGGGUCUAGAAAUAAACCCUGUGGAGCUGCCGGACGCGGGGGUGUACUCCGUGAAGCUGGUCAACCCUCUGGGUGAGGACAGCUCUGAAGGCAAGAUCACCGUUAAGAAGGUUUACCAAGCACCCACCUUCUCCCAGCGGUUCACUGACCUGCAGCAGUUACCGACAUUCGACGCCAAAUUCCCUGCUCGCGUGUUCGGCAUCCCCUUCCCCGACAUCUCCUGGUACAAGGACGGAGUUCUUCUGAAGCACUCCGACAAAUAUAACAUCAAACGCGACGGCGACGCUGCCUGUCUGUACGUCAGAGAUAUCGGACCGGACGACGCUGGAGUGUACAAGUGCGUCGCCAAGAACAGGGAGGGCGAAGCCGAGUGCCAGGCUAGUCUCGAAGUCGUUGAUAAGAUCGCCAGGCAGCAGAAGGUGGAGCCUCCGUCGUUCCUGAAGAAGAUCGGAGACAUCGAGGUGCUUCGCGGCAUGAGCGCCAAGUUCACCGCCUGCGCCACCGGCUCCCCAGAACCCGACGUGCAAUGGUAUCGCAAUGACGAGAAGCUGUUCCCUUCGGACCGGAUCCGCAUGGACAAGGAGAGCACGGGGCUGCUGCGGCUGAACCUGAGCCGCGUGGAGCCCUGCGACGUGGGCACCUACCGCUGCACCCUCACCAACCCUCACGGGGAAGCCUCCUGCACAGCACAGCUCACCUAUGACAGUAUGGAGCCGCACGCAAGCAAACGUCCAAUCUCGGACCAGUACUCUGACUUCGAUAAGAUGAAGAAGACCGGCAUCCCCAUGCCCCUGGCUGACCGGCCCAUCAUCUCGCGCAUGACCGAUAGGCACCUCACCUUGUCCUGGAAGCCGUCCAUCCCUCAUGGACCUCGCUUCCCGGUCACAUAUCAGGUGGAGAUGUGUGAGGUCCCUGACGGCGACUGGUUCACCGCCCGCACGGGGCUGCGCUCGUGUGUGUGCGACAUCCGCAACCUCGAGCCCUUCCGCGACUACAAGUUCCGCAUCCGCGUCGAAAACAAAUACGGGGUCAGCGAUCCCUCGCCCUUCGCCAUCACGCACCGCGCCAAGCUGGAGCCCGACCCUCCGAAGUUCGUCCCCUACCUAGAGCCCGGCAUCGACUUCCGCCCGGAGACCUCGCCUUACUUCCCUAGGGACUUCGAUAUCGAGCGUCCGCCCCAUGACGGGUACGCUCAGGCUCCUCGCUUCCUGCGUCAGGAGCAUGACUCGCAGUACGGGGUCAAGGGACACAAUGUCAACCUGUUCUGGUUCGUCUACGGCUACCCGAAGCCCAAGAUGACGUACUUCUUCAAUGAUGAACCGAUCGAAAUAGGCGGCAGAUACGACUGGAGUUACACGAGGAACGGCCAAGCCACGCUGUUCAUCAAUAAGAUGCUGGAACGUGAUGCUGGCUGGUACGAAGCCGUCGCCACCAACGAGCACGGUCAGGCUCGACAGCGAGUCCGGCUGGAACUAGCAGAGUAUCCCACCUUCAUACGCAGACCUGAGGAGACAGUGGUGCUGCAGAGGAGGACCGUCCGACUGGAGGCCAGAGUCACGGGAGUGCCGUAUCCUGAUAUUAAAUGGUACAAGGAUUGGCAGCCAUUGGCACCGAGCUCCAGAAUCAAGAUACAGUUCAUCGAGCCGGACACGACGGUGCUGGUGAUCAAAGACGCGAUCCUGAAGGACGAGGGUCUGUACUCCGUGUCCGCGAGGAACGUGGCCGGCUCUGUCAGCUCCUCGGCCAUGCUGCACGUAGAGGAAGACGAAUAUGAAUACGCUGACAGGAUCCGCGAGCACCCGCCCCGCGUGAAGGCCAGCACGAAGCCGUUCGGAGACCAGUACGACCUGGGCGACGAGCUGGGCCGCGGAGUCCAGGGCGCCGUGUACCACGCGGCCGAGAGACUCACCGGACGCAACUACGCUGCGAAAAUAAUGCACGGUCAUUCCGAACUGAAGCCAUUCAUGAAGAACGAGAUAGACAUCAUGAACCUGCUCAACGACCGGCAUCUGAUCCGGCUGUACGGAGCGCACGAGCAUGACCACACCGUGGCGCUGGUCACGGAGCUGGCGGCGGGAGGGGAGCUACUCAGGGACGGACUCCUGCGGGUUCCUUCCUAUCCUGAGCGACGGGUUGCCUCUAUCAUCAGGCAACUGCUACUGGGACUAAGGCAUAUGCACGAUAACAGCGUAGCGCACCUUGGACUAACGAUCGGCGAACUCUUACUCUCGCACGCCGGCAGCGACGAUAUAAAGAUAUGCGACUUCGGACUAUCACGCCGCAUAAGACACAACGAACUGGGCGCCCUCCACUACGGGAUGCCGGAGUAUGUAGCUCCCGAAGUGGCCAACGGCGAUGGCGUCUCCUUCCCAGCCGACAUGUGGAGUGUCGGUAUCAUAACCUACAUCCUGCUCAGCGGACACUCUCCAUUCCGAGGUCAAAACGACCGCGAGACUCUGACGAGAAUUAAGGAAGGCACUUGGAGCUGGCACGAUGAGGAAUGGUGGUCUCGCCUCAGUACGGAGUCCAGGGACUUCAUUUCGAAGUUGUUGGUGUUUAACUGGCACGAGCGUAUGGACGUGAGGACGGCUCUGUCGCAUCCAUGGCUGACGCUGGCGGAUCGAAUCUACCAGGAGGAGUACCAGAUCUCGACUGAUCGAUUGAGGAACUACUACAAUUUGUACAGAGACUGGACAAGUAACGCACAAUGCCGCACGUGGUUCCGGCGUCGGCCGCUAGAGGGCGCCUUCCAUCAUCCCUCUAAGAUGGUGUAUCCACCCGGGGAAACGUACACACCAGAAGGAACUCCAGACCGCGACAUCAGCACCCGCGACCGUAAGCCAGCAGAGUUCGAUCUCAACUUCAAGCAGUGGGACCAUCCCGACUGGGAGGUUUCCGCCACCUCUGAGAGCCAUUACCAGAACGGCCCGGACACGUAUCUGCUGCAGCUGCGGGACACCCAGUUCCCGGUGCGGCUCCGGGAGUACAUGAAGGUGGCCUGUCACCGCUCGCCGGCAUACAGCAUCAACGCCUUCGACAACUACGACCCCAGGACCCCGAUUAUACGAGAACGUCGUCGCUUCACCGACAUCAUGGACGAGGAGAUAGACGACGAGCGCCGAGAUCGGAUCAACGGGUACGGGAGCGAGUCCGGCACCGUGCGGAGGCUGCGACACGAGCUGGGCACGCGGCUCGACUCCUACGCCGAGGCUCAGGCCUUCAUGGAGGCCAAGAAGGACGGCUGUCUGCCCUUCUUCCGCGAGAAGCCGCAGCUACUACCGGUCAGGGAAGGUGAACCCGCCAAGCUGUCCUGCUUCGCGGUCGGCGACCCCAAGCCCGUCAUCCAGUGGUUCAAAAACGACAUGGUCAUCGCUGAAGGACAACGCAUCAAGAUCGUGGAAGACGAAGAGGGACGCUCUACUCUCGAGUUCAAUCCUUCCAUGCAUCACGACAUCGGAUUCUACAAGGUGGUCGCCAGGAAUAAAGUGGGGCAGACUGUCGCCCGCACCAGGGUUGUAGAAGCUACCACUCCUGACGCUCCUGACGUUCCCACCGCUGCGGAGGUUUCAGACACAGAAGUGUUGUUACGCUGGAAACAACCCAAGUACGACGGCAACUCGCCUGUCCUCUGCUAUAGCCUGCAGUACAAGGCCGGCGACAGCGUCGAGUGGAAGGAGGUUGCCAACAACAUCGACCACGAGUUCUUCGUCGUCCGAGAUCUUAAUCCGGACACCAGCUACCAGUUCCGCCUCUCCUCCAGAAACCGAAUAGGCUGGAGCGAGAAGGGUGCUCCCACCAACCUUGUCAAGACGCGUGAGGCUGGUGCGAGCAAGAUCGAAGUCACAAAAGCUAUGAGGCAUCUUCAACAGCUCACCGAAUCCGGCCAGGAGAUUGUUCUCGAUGAAGAAAAGCCGCAGUUAGACUACUCGACCGAGAAGCAGCCCGUGGAAUGGUACAGCGCCAAUACGUUCACAGAGCGGUACAGCUUCAUCUCGGAGCUGUGGCGCGGGAAGUUCUCCAUUGUCGUCAAGGGAGUUGACAAGACAAACGACACUGUCGUGGUCGCCAAGAUCCUCGAGAACAGACCAGAGACCGAGGUCCUGGUCCAGCGAGAGUACGAGUGUCUGCGAAGGCUGCGGCACGAGAGGAUCGCAAACCUGCUCUCAGCGUACAGAGCUCCCGGCUCCCCGGUUUCCGUUCUGAUCUUGGAGCGACUACAAGGGGCAGACGUGCUGACGUUCCUGGCAAGUCGCCAUCAGUACUCGGAGCAGCUGGUGGCCACGGUGAUCACGCAGGCGUUGGACGGACUACAGUACCUGCACUGGCGCGGGUACUGCCACCUGGACCUACAGCCAGACAACUUCGUCAUGGCCUCCGUCCGCUCGGUGCAGGUCAAGCUCGUGGACUUUGGAUCUGCUCAUAAAGUCACCAAGCUCGGCACCAGUGUGCCGCAGGUCGGACAUCUAGAAUACAAAGCCCCGGAAAUAAUAAACGACGAGCCAGCGUAUCCUCAGACGGACAUCUGGUCUAUCGGAGUCCUGGCCUACAUCUUGCUGAGCGGAGUAUCUCCCUUCAGAGGAAACGACGAUAACGAGACCAAACAGAACAUCUCCUUCGUCAGAUACAGAUUCGAGCAUCUGUACAGCGAGAUCACGCAGGAGGCUACCAGAUUCCUGAUGUUCGUCUUCAAGAAGGUUCCCCUGAAGCGUCCGACGGCCGAGGAGUGUCACGAGCACCGUUGGUUAGCGCAGUCUGACUUCAUCAGCAAGAAGAGAGAACGAGCUAUCUUCUCAAGCAGUAAACUUAAGGAAUUCUCAGAUGAAUACCACGAACGUAAGGCCCAUGAAGCAUCGCAAGCCGACACGUUAACCGAAGCCUUCGGUCAGUUCGCACCGAGACUGCUCACCAGGUCCAACAGCAUCCAAGAAGAACUGCUCACGAACCUCUCUAGCCAAUAAACAAUUUACACAUUUUUUUGGAAUGGCAACAUUUUUUUUUGCUCUUAUCAUUAAUAAAGAACUUGCUUGAAGAGCAAUAACAUAUAAAAAAUUUAACAGCAAAAAGUAAUCAUAAAAUUAAAAUCGCUUUUUCGUCUCAACUCAAAAAUAAACCUUAAAAAGGUGUUGUCAUAUCAAAAUUGUUUAUUCAUCUUUAUCAUUACACCAAAGUCUCAUUUAAAUCCCAAAAAAAUAUUUAUUCUAGUCAACGCGAAUAAUUUGUUACGAAUCUUUUGUUAUCUGUUAAGCUACUAUUUUUUUGUAUACAACUUUUGUACUAUUUAUUUAUUUAUACUAAUUGGUAAUUAUUAUUGAUGCUCCACUAUUAAAGUCUUAAUAAAGAGCAUUACUUUA